AUGCAUAGACGUCGCAGGUUACGUAGAGUGGCAAUGCCCGACAGUCAGGCACUGUCUCUUUUGGGGAGGGAUCUUCGUGAGGCGCAUCUGCAGGUGCUUCUAGGGUGUGGUAGCUAUCGGUCAAAAAGUGCUACUUCAUCAAAUGCAGUUACAGAUCCACUACUUUCAUCUCUUUUUCUGAACUUCCCUGCAUCUGAAGCAGAAGAAAUAUCAAAAUCUGUGGUAUCUAGUAUUGAGGGCACUGCUACAAAGAGUAUGGCAUCACAACCAAUAUGGAAAUCAAGUUUUGAUCCAUCGUUAAGUGAUGAAGAACGGGAAAAGAGAAUGAGACAGGCUACCGGAAGAGCUGUUUUUGUCCAAGAUGUGCUUGUCUCAACACUGUUAGCCGACUAG